AUGGUCGUUUUCUACGCGUAUUUCUUCAAAUGGCGCAGAAGUACCUCGAGGAUUGUCAUUCUGUUCCUCGUCGUACUUGAUAUGUUCAACAGCGCGACCAUCUUGCCGAUGGAAAUAUUCGUAAUGAAGAACUAUUUAAAGUUGAAUUCCCCGUUCCUGUAUAAAAUAUUUAGAUAUGGGACUUAUGUCAUGAAUUGCUCGUCUGCGUUGAUUUUGGUUGGGAUAGCCCUAGACCGAUUUCAGCGGAUUUGCCGACCAUACAAGCAGACGUUCAGUGAAUGGAAGUCGAAGUGUAUAUGCAUCGGUGCAAUUGUUGUCGCUUUGUGUGUAACUUGGCCAUCGCUGGUGCUCUAUGGGACACGUGGAGAAAAAGACAAAACGAAUCCGGUAUAUGUUUGUAAGAGGCUCCUCAACCCUAACCGCAUCUGGUCGAAACUGGUGUUCAAACUGCGUUACUGUCGGAUAGGACGCUCGACCAUGAUGUUGUUCGGUAUAACAAUCGCGUACGUUUUGAGUUUUCUGCCGUUCUACACACUGGUGAUCAUGCGACAGAUCAACCCAAUGUAUUUUAUGAAUUUACCAGAAACAUCCAAGUCCUCGUACAUGGCUUAUUUGGUGUUUGUGAGAUCCUAUAUACUUUCCAGCGCCAUUAACCCGUUCAUGUAUUCGUUCUGUAACAUUCAGUUUAGAAACGAUUGUUCUCGAAGAUUGUUUUCCGCCGACAACGAACCGAGAGAAAUUCCAGAUUGAACCGUUGUCAUUAAAUAUGUGUUUGAUAUGUAAGUAAACUGACGUUUCUAGAAAUUGUGAUCCCAAAUGU